UAACGCAAACCUAGCUAACUACGCCAUUUGCCAUAAAAGGGAGAAAAGUAUACGGCCCAUCAUUUUUACAGUGGCGGGCGACAGUCUGUCUCAGAUUGCAGCAGCAUAAAUCUGUAUGGCGAGGUAGCUAGUUAGCAUUUGCUAAUGCUGUGCUCGGAAAAUAUUUGGUUAUUGACGUCGUUAGCUAAAUGAUCUACAGAAGUAGGAUACUUGUGACAUAUUGAGGACAAUAUUACUGGUAACAUACCUUUAACGUUUCACUUAGUUCUUUGUAGCGUCUGACAAUUUUUCCAGAAAUGGAAAAUGAUUCGUAGGCCGUAGAAUCUGUUCCUUCAUCUCCGCAGCCUCGGCCUGUCGAAGCUGUGGCGCGGCGGGUUUCCACAAGAGCCACUCCGGGUCCGACGAAUUCAGAGCUUUUGUGUCGUUCCAAAUGACCGCACUACAUUUCUAAUAAUCUAUUCAGCCCAGAGGGGUAAUUUCCUUAACACCCUGUCAAUGUGUGAUAGCUAGGCCAGGGCCAUUCUCCUCCCGUAUAAAAAGGCGAGAGUAUUUGGAAUAAAACGUUAGCUAGCUAACUGGCUAGCCUCAGAGAUCCUGCCCAGGCACGGGAACAUGAAUGAUCCAAGUUUUAAUUGGCAUGCUCACAACAUAUACCCGGAACCUGCAACGAAUAGCGUUUAUCUUUCGUCAAUGAGUAUAACUAUGCAUUACAGUAAUACACUUGUGAAUUUCACAAAUAAUGUUAUUUGAUUUUAUGUAAGGGUGUGUGGCUGCCUUGCUAUGCUAUCUAGAAGAUCAUGCUGCUAUAAAGGGAGGAUGUUUCAAAUAAUCACUUCUGACAAAACAAUCAUAUUGAAUUUGAAAUACUCCACAUAAGUAGCUAGUUAAAUUAUACUAACAUUAAGUAAAUGAUGAUUAAAUAUAGGCUACUGUCAAAAUUAAUUAUGUACGAUAUGUCACUGAAUAUGGAACCUAUUUGAACGUUCUUGUUUCAGGGGGACAUAAAUUACCCACAACAACUGUGUUUUUCUCGGAAGAAUAUUGCAAGCCAUUCGUUAGUCAACGUUUCUGUAACUUCACUGCACAUUUUUUUAAAUUGAUUUUAGACACGAAUCAAGAAACUUGAUAUAAGGAUAGAUGUAUGAGCUUUACUUAGAAUAAUGUUAGUCAGUUAUAGUAGCAGCUCUGAAGAGGAGACAGAACAUUUUCGAUUAGGAGGGAAUGUAACAAAAAGGAAGCAAAGUUGGCACAAAGAUGACAACUCAUUGAGGAAGAAGCACAAAUCAGAAGAGCACACCCUCAAUGCAAGUAAGUGUAUUGUGAAUAGGGAGGAAGAUGAUUCCAAGUCGAGACUGCCUGUUCCUGGCAGUGUGCUGGAAAUGUUCACGGAGGAAGAUGAGGACCCACUGACUGACGACAGCAUGCAACAUGGUGGACGGAUUCGCUCCUUCAAACACGAGAGGGGAAACUGGGCCACUUACGUGUACUUUCCAUACAUCCCAGAGGAAGGGUUCUUGGAGCUGCUUGAUGAGAUGACUGAAGUAGCAGCAUCCCACAGCUUCUCCCUCACUCAUACAGAUGAGUUUCACCUCAGUUUAUCCAAGACAGUGGUUCUGAGGCAUCACUGGAUCCAGCCUUUCAUACAGUCCCUCAGAACAGGCUUGACACACAGCAGGAGGUUCAUUUGUUUGGCUGAGAAGCUGAAGGUCUACUCUAAUGAUGAGAGAACCAGGAUGUUCCUGGCUAUGGAAGUCUCCACAGGACAGGCUCAGCUACUAGAGCUUGUGAAAGCAGUGGACAGCACUAUGGAGGAGUUCAACCUUGACACUUUUUACAAGAAUCCUUCCUUCCAUAUAAGUCUGGCCUGGUGUGUUGGUGACUGCACUGAACACAUUCGCAAAAAGUGUCUGCAGGAGUUGCAGGGUCUGGUCGACUCUCAUGAGGAUGGACCCUUUCUCUUGAGGCUGGAUUGUCAAGAGCUGCGUUGUAAGGCUGGGAACAAGACCUUUUCCAUUCCACUACACUGACAAAGCCAGUUGUCAUUCAGUCUGUAAUGUUGGAUACCUCAACAGUAAAAUGUGAAAAAAGUAUAUUUUUAAACGAGUGAGGUUAUUUGAUUCAAUCCAGAACACGGCAGUGAUGCGAUAUUGAUCAAGCAACUUCGAAGGUUGUGCACAUCUUCGUACGUGAAGCUUGUUUUGCUAAAACAUGUGUUCAAGCAUUUCUGCUACAGUUCCUGUAUGACAAGACACUGACCCUAGACCUGAGAUUAAGAGUAUUUCAAAUUCUUAUUGACCUAUGACACAGUUGUCAGAUAAAGCUUUAAUCUGUUCCAUUAAUCUUCACAGCCCUUAAUCCAUUCUUUAAAAAGAGCUCACCUUGAUGUGAACUAGUAGGAUAGACCCGUUAAGCUUUUAUUUAAGAGAGGAUGGAAUAAUCCCAAAAUUAUAAUCCAGAUAAGAUGCAAUGACUAGAAUUGAUGAAUACACAGCAGAUGUGAGGAGAGACUAGGGAAGAGGAACCUAUGAUGAGGCUAAUAUUGAGUGUCACCCCUUCUUACUUUAAUAACAAAAAGCUCACACAGAAGGCUGGCUUAAUGCAAUGUUUAA